AGAGAGAGAGAGUAAAUGCAUAGUAUACACCCAACCAUCCAAAGGAAUGAAGAACCACAGCCUCUCUCUCCCUCACCAAUGAAUCAGAAAGGUUCAACUGUGGAUUCGAUUGUUUGGUAGUCAGAAAGGGGCUUCCUUAGGGUUCUGAUGAUGAAGAUGCCGGUGGUUCCGGUGGUGGUGCUUCUCAUCUGAGCCCUUUUUCCCUUGCUGCUGGGAUUUUUGUUCUUCUUUGAUCCUUCAAUUCCCUUCUUUUUGAGGAAUCCAGGUCAUUUUUACGCUUCACUUUGAUCUCAAAUCCUCCGGGGGUUUCUGUUAACUUUGCAAGGGUUUGUGUGAAAGUUGUGAUUUAGGGGACUAUAUUUUCCCUUUAAUAUGGUUAAGAGUGUUAUCUGGAAGAAGUGAUUCUUCUUGUCUUUGCCUAGCUUUGGGUGCUUGCUUUGUUGGACGAAACAAAAUGGAAGAAGAUAAGGGAACAUACCUGGUGGAGAAUCAAGACCUGAAUUUGAUUGCUGAGGAUAAUAUGAGGGAGCCUCACUGCUAUGGAAUGGAAGUGGAAACUGGAAUCUCGGGUAUGAGUGGCCAAAGUUUUGUUUCCGACACCGAGAAGGGUGAGGGAAGCAAUGGCAAUGUGGUUUUUUCAGGACAAACCCCUCAUGUGGGGAAAGAUUUUAGAGGACCAGGAGGACCUUGCAUUUCUGGUGUUAAGAAACAUAAAUUCAGACAGGCUGAUUCUGAUCCUGAACCUGGUAAAAAUGAGAAAUCUGGGCAAGAAAAGAAGCUUAGUAAACAGGACAGGAUUGAGCUAGGGAGGUCAUUUCAGGACGCUGUGACUUCCCAUGAUUGGGCGCAUGCAGAGAGUUUGACUUUUUUGGCUGAUCCACAAACUCUUAAUGAUGCAUUAUGCAUUGCUCUGGAUUCAAUCUGGUUUUUGAGUACACAGGAGGAGUUGUGUGGUAUUACUGGGUUAAUUAAGAAGAUUAUUUCAAAUGGUGCUUAUGACUUUACUCGAGCAGCCCUCAGGACUUCAUUCCUUGCUUCCUGUGUUUGUGCUUGCCAAAGUCGAACGAUGAGCCUUUCUGAUACUGUAACUGUAAUGGCACAAAGGUUGCAGGAACGAUUGCAAGAAUGCAAUGGAGAUGAAGUUUUGAAGGCAGAAGCUGGUGCAAAGGUUCAGAAAUUCACUGAAUGGGCUCUUAAAUGUAUAGGUUUCCAUUCGCGUUGCCAAGGAAACAGGGAUAGGGUAGGUCAUAACUCAGCUGCUGAGAUAGAGUUGCAGUUAUCUGCUUUCAAGACCUUCCUAGACCUUGCUGGGAACAACCUUACAGGAAAAGACUUCACAGAAGCUUUUGAUGCAGCAUGUUUCCCCCUUACUCUCUUCUCUAGCUCAUUUGAUCCUGGCUGGGCAUCUGGUAUAUCAGCAAGUGGUAUCCAGGGGUUACUGGGGAUGUUAGUGGAGGGUGGUGCUGACAAUGUUAAUCAGUGUUUUCUUGAAGCUUCACGUUUUGGUAGCACAGAGCUUGUACGCAUUUUGUUGCAGAUUGCUCAAAGGAACAGCCUGGAUGUUGAUGUUGAUCUGGCGUUAGGAUUUGCUUCACAUUAUUGUAAAAUAGGAACCAUGGAAUGUUUAGUGGAAGAAGGGAAUGCGAUGGCUUUCUUGGGGCCUUUAAUGAGAGCAGCAGAGAGGGGUUGCAUGCAGGUUGUUGAGUGGUUUGUUAAGAGGGGGUGCAGAGACAUGGAACUGUGUCUUGCCCUCACAGCUGCCACAUCCAGCAGUCAGGUCAAGGUGGCGGCAUAUAUCCUUCCACAUGUCCCUCAACAUACUCUCGCAGCCCUCAGCAUUGAGAUUCUCAAGGCGGCUGGUGAGCGAAGUAGCGGGUCCCUUGAUGGGGUAGCCUUUCUUCUUAGUUCAGACUUCCUUGGCGAUCCUGCUGCUACUUAUGCUGUUGCGGACAGCAUAGCUAGGUCCGAAGACGAGGCUGUAGCUCCAGAGCUUAGGUCUUUUCUUCACGAGCAUUGGUCAGAAGCAGCAGCGAUAGAAGGGAAGAGGCAAGGUCAAGAGCAUUACCUGAAUCUGGUGCGGAUUAUGAACUUGGGUGAGUCUCCAAUCUGUUUGAGGGAUCUUCCAUCUCCACUGAGGAUUGCAAUAGCAUACCUGCCUCUGUAUAGGGAGUGUGUGAAGGCAGGAGGGUGCUUGCUAUCACAGAGGCUUAGAGGACAGCUUGUGGAGGCGGCAAAAAGGCUGAGUGGAGUCACGCUUGAAGAUGCAAGGCAAGGAAGAGAGUUACUGGGCAUUUUAGAGCAUAAUCUUCCUACAUUUUUGCUAAAUGCAUAAAUUAACUACCUACCAUGGAGAGAGAUGGAAUGGAGUAGAAGAACUAAAGUAGCAAGAACAAGUUGUAUUUGAGGUUCAGGUUUUGAAAGAAAUUUUCAUCGAAUUUUAUUUUAAUAAUACAAUAGUAGUUGGGUUCAAA